CCCGCGUGCUCGUGCUAAGCAAGCGCCCUUCUGGGAUUUCCUCUCAAGCAGCUGCAGUUCUUUACCGGAGGGGUGUGUGCACGCGCGCUAAUCCUCCGAGUUUAAGAGGUAAGAGAGCAGCAGGUGAGCAGCUUCCCUUUGCUGCCGUUCAGGAAAACCUUUAUUGUGCUCGUCUGGCUUGGGGAGCGGGAGCGUUAUUAUGUAUCACAGCCCUGCGAGGUCCCUGUGCUCGACCCUCUCCAAUCUCUGCUGUGUACCUUCCUCCGCCACCUCCUCGUCCCUGCUGCGCCGGUCUCCUGGUCCAGUGAAGAGAGCCCUAUCUCCGCCAGCUCUUCUCGCCUCUUUCUCCGGCUUGACUGGUCCUCGCUGUGGCUGCUCGGUAACGGGAGGUUCCUCCGGGACUGCGGCAACUCAAGCAGUGUGUUCCAUGGGCAACAGCACAAGCCGGCUGUACAGUGCUCUUGCAAAAACCUUGAGUAGUGGUGCUGUCUCCAAACAUCAAGAGUACUUAGAACAGACAGACCAAGAGCUUCUGGAUCCCAUCGAUCCAAAGGAACUGCUUGAAGAAUGUCAGGUCGUUCUCCGGAAACGUCCUGCCCGACUCCAGAGAGAUUUUGUGGAUCUGAGGACCAACUUUGCCAGAAACCACCAACCCAUCAGAGUCAUGCAGUGGAAUAUUCUUGCACAAGCUCUUGGCGAAGGCAAGGAUAACUUUGUUCAGUGCCCUCUGGAAGCCCUCCGGUGGGAGGAAAGGAAAUGCCUCAUUCUGGAAGAGAUCCUUGCAUACCAGCCAGACAUCCUGUGCCUGCAGGAAGUGGACCACUACUUCGACACCUUUCAGCCACUGCUCAGUCGACUAGGCUACCAGUGCACUUUCUUCCCUAAGCCGUGGUCUCCAUGUCUGGACGUGGAACGGAACAACGGACCAGACGGCUGUGCCUUGUUCUUCCUAAAGGAUAGGUUUUCUCUGAUUGAUACCACCAACAUCCGGUUGACUGCAAUGAAGCUAAAAACCAACCAGGUGGCCAUCGCUCAGACGCUGAAAUGUAAUGAAACUGGCAAACUCUUCUGCAUUGCUGUGACUCACUUGAAAGCCCGCAAUGGCUGGGAGAGGUUUAGAUCUGCACAAGGGGCUGAUCUACUUGAGAAUCUGAAAAGUAUCACCCAAGAUGCACAGAUCCCUCUCAUUGUGUGCGGCGACUUCAAUGCUGAGCCCACCGAAGAAGUAUACAAGGAAUUCUCCAACUCCAGUCUGAAUCUGAACAGUGCUUACAAGCUGCUGAGCACAGAUGGACUCUCUGAGCCCCCGUAUACGACAUGGAAGAUCCGUCCCUCUGGAGAGUGCAGACACACACUGGAUUAUAUUUGGUAUUCGCAGCAUGCCUUAAAGGUUAAUGCUGCUCUCAACCUUCUGACUGAGGAACAAAUUGGGCCCAACAGGCUGCCAUCUUUCAACUACCCUUCAGACCACCUGUCCCUAGUAUGUGACUUCAGCUUUAAUGAAGAUCCUGAUAGGCUUUUAUAAGUUAGGUGCAGUCACUUUUUAAAAAAAAAAACUUUUUUUGCAGUGGCCUUUUAAAAUGGGCCCCUGAAGACUUUGGGGGAACUAUUUAUGAACGGAGAACUAAUGAUUUAUUUUCAACUGUAUCCACACCAUGUCAUUAAAUUAACACCUUGCUGUGACAGUAAAACAACAAAACAAAA